GACGUCUUUUAGCUUUUAAUCUACAGUUCCCCCAAACUCAAGCAAAGAACAGCAAGAUCGAAAAAGAAGAUCCAGCACCGCCAAGUCCAAACUCCAAAUCGAGCGAGUCGACAGAAAAAUAAAAUCGAAAUAAAAGAAGAGGGGAAAAAAGAGAAAAAGGUUUUAAACCGAAAAGGAAAGUGUAAAAAAAUCAACUGCGCGCCAGCAAAUUGAAAAAAAAGGGGAAGAAAAAACCCAGAGCGAAUCAUUUCUUGGUAGUGGUAAAGUUGGGCGAGGAAGGAGAGGGAACAGAAGAGGGACGCCGGAGCAAGAAGCUGUGCCGGAACCCGGAGGCGGAAGGGGAGAAAUUUCCGCCAAAAUAGGAGAGAAGCACGGGAGGAGGUUGCUGGAGCUCGACGGUUAAGGUUAGGGAUUGUUGAUUUUUGUACGUUCGUGGAGGAAGAAGGAUGACGGAUGUGAUAUUGCACAUAUACGAUGUGACCAACAGUGGAUCGGAGAAGACGAACACCACAAUCAUGCAGAUCAAUAAGAUCUUCAAGGACGGUAUUGGCAUCGGCGGCAUCUUUCACAGUGCUGUUCAGGUGUAUGGAGAAGAUGAAUGGUCAUUUGGCUUUUGUGAACAUGGAACGGGAGUUUUUAGUUGCCCGUCAGGAAAGAACCCAAUGUAUACUUACCGUGAAAGCAUUAUACUUGGAAGAACCAAUUUCUCAAUCUAUAAAGUGAAUCAGAUCCUUCGUGAACUUAGUAGGGAGUGGCCUGGAAGCUCUUAUGAUUUGUUGGCCAAGAACUGUAAUCACUUCUGUGAUGAGUUCUGUGAGAAGUUGGGAGUCCCAAAGCUUCCAGGUUGGGUGAACCGAUUUGCCAAUGCUGGGGAUGCUGCUGUUGAAAUAGCUGGAACCACAGCCUUAAGAUUCAGACAAGCUAAAACUGAGAUUGUAUCAGCUAGCAAGGUAGCCUAUCGUUUUCUUCUAGGCGUGGCAUCCAACAAUGGUUCUACUCCUGAAUCACCUGGAAACUCGAAUGGAGGAUCUCCUAGGGUUCAAGCAACUUGGUUCAAGAACCUUGUCACCAACGGGACAAAACCGUCAACCAGUGCUGAAGUCGACAAUCAGGUGAACCUGGUCUCUCCGCAACGGCUCUCACCAGUUCCCCCACUGCUCAACAGCAGAAGUCGCGACUUGAAGAUGCAGAAGUAACACCGAUACAGAAUGGAUAUCGGAAUGAGUCUGAUAGGCUGCUGAGGCACAACUCGAGGCCCUCACGAAUUCUGAAGAGACGUUGUCGUAUAAUGGGGUUACCAGCCCAAUCUCACCUUCGGCAACACAUCCUUAUGAACUGCGCCGGCGUAAUGGCCAUGUCCGUCAGGUAGUGGAAAUUUUUGAAAAUGGUCAGCUAGCCAAUGGGGGAGAUAUUGAUAAUCGGAAAUAAGAACCUAAUCGUCAAGUAUCUAUGCUACCUCCUCGAUCCCCAAGUGAAGAUGAGGUGACCAUGGUUAUGAAGCUAAAUGAGUAUGGUACCAAUAUGAAUGGUGUGGAGACAGGGGGAAGGAAGCUAGAUCUCUUGGAGGCGAUAGGGGCCAUUGAUGAUAGCCCUUCUCCAAAGCGACAAUUUGUGGAAGUGACCGCUAAUGAUGAUGAUAAGGUGGAGGAAGCCAACCUAGAGUGGCCCCAAGAGGAUAAAUGAGGCUACUGGCCUAGAAUGUGUGGGGAAUUGGACCCUCCCUCAUAUUCCAAACUGCUGUAGGUCUAAUUCUCUCGAAUAAUCCGAAGAUUGUGUUCUUUUCAGAAACAAGAUCCUCUCGGAAAGUUGUCUCCCGUCGCAUGCGGGGUUUGGGUUUUGAGUCUUCUUGUUGUUUUUUUGUUGAUGCGGUUAAUGCAUCGGGUGGUCUUGUAGCAGG